CCUUCAGCCUAGUUGGUUUAGAAACAGCUCGGAGGAUUUCAACUGCCUGCCAUGACUUCUUGAAGCACUACUUUAAGGGAAAAGUCGAGGGGGGAAAACACUUUUUUUUUCCGGCAAUCAGUUUGUUCAAUGCGAAAGGACAUAACAGGACAGAGAACGGUGCGUUAAAAGGCAACAGCCUGUUGUUGGACUACUUUGCUUUCACGUUUUCAAAAAAAAGGAAGGCUACUCGGGUACAUGGAUGAGUGAAGAGGAGCUAAGAAGGUCCCCCGCUGCUUUUAGAGAGUGAGGAGGAUUAGGCUGGAGCUCAGUGGAGGCACGACGGCACUCUCACACGGCAACCGGAGCUGGAGCCAUGAGCAGGGCGCUUACGGAGCACAUCAGCAGUAGCUUCCGAGAAGAUGCUCCUCGUCCUCCUGUACCGGGGGAAGAGGGAGAGGCGUCAUGCUACAACCCCAGCAGAUCUGCCAAAAUGAGAGCCCAGAGCAAGGUUAAAGAUAUCCCCGCCACCUCCGCGCCUCCCGGCUCUACACCGCGGAGGAACGAGGAUGGUCUUGGGGAGCCAGAGGGCAGCGCGUCCCCGGACUCGCCCCUAGUCCGGUGGACAAAGUCUCUGCAUUUUCUCCUGGGCGACCAAGACGGCGCUCACCUCUUUAGGACCUUUUUGGAGCGUGAGAAUUGCGUGGACAGUUUGGACUUUUGGUUCGCCUGCAAUGGCUUCAGGCAAAUGGAUUUAAAGGAUACCAAAACGUUGCGAGUUGCCAAAGUUAUUUUCAAGCGGUACAUCGAGAACAACAGUAUUGUCGCCAAGCAGCUGAAACCCGCCACCAAGACCUUCAUAAGGGAUAGUAUUAAGAAACAACAAAUAGACUCUGCCAUGUUUGACCAAGCACAGACGGAAAUCCAGUCCAACAUGGAGGAGAACGCAUACCAGAUGUUUUUGACCUCUGACAUAUACCUCGAAUAUGUGCGCACCGGCUGCGAGAACGCAGCGUACAUGAACCAUGGCAAUCUCGGCAGCCUGAAGCUGAUGUGUGGAUAUCUUCCUCCUCUCAUUGAGGAAGAAGAGUGGAGUUGUAAUGACCUGAAGGCAAAGACGUUAGGUUCUGUGGUUGGACUGUCUGCAAAAACCCUGAGGGCUACUGCUACCAUCCGUACAGCAGCUGAAGUGCUGGAGAAUACUUGCAGGUCCCACCGUCGAGGAGACCCCGCCAGCCCCUACUUUGUCAACUCCGGUUAUAUUUUUGCCCCUGCCACCAGUGCCAAUGACAGUGAGAUCUCCAGUGAUGCCACAACAGAUGAUUCCAUGUCCAUGACGGACAGUAGCGUAGAUGGAAUCCCUCCAUACAAGCUGGGCAACAAGAAGCAGCUCCAGCGGGAGAUGCAUCGAAGUGUCAAGAUCAAUGGCCAGAUAACGCUACCCCACUUUCCUAGGACACACCGGUUGCCUAAGGAGAUGACCCCCGUUGACCCCUCAGCCUUUGCUGCCCAGCUCAUUGCCCGACUGGAGAAGCUGAAGAGAGAGCAGGACACCAUGAGCUCGCUCGAGGAGAGGCUGCAGCAGAUCCAGGAGGAGGAGGAAAGAGAGGAGAGCAGCGACCUCACAAGCAGCACCCCCCUUAAUCACCCUCUGCUCCCGUCAAGCAGUCAAUGUGAUGAAGACCCCCAGGCUAUCCUAGAUGAGCACCUAUCCCGGGUCUUGAAGACACCCGGCUGCCAGUCACCAGGUUUUGUUAGACACUCACCACGCUCGAGCUCACCGGAUCGGACUGGUGCAACAGUGUCCUCUGGCCACGGGCCCUUCUUUGGUGCUUAUCCUGGGGCCCCCAAGGUUCUGCUGACAGGCAGACCAUCCACAAAGCACAUCCACCACCACUACAUCCACCAUCAUCACGCUGGGCCUAAGACCAAGGAGCAGAUUGAGGCCGAAGCGGCCCAACGCGUGCAGUGCCUCUGCCCUCCAGGGGGCGCCAAUUAUUCCGACUUUACCCCAGGUCGCUGCAGCACUUUGUCCAGGCGGCCGGUCAAGGCCACAGAUGAGGGUGUGUCUUCGCCCCACCUUCCCCUCGAUGCCACAGACCGCUCUCAGAAUGUUUGGCAGUGGAUCCUUGAGAGUGAGAGACAGGGCAAGCACAAGCCCCACAGCACUCAAGGUCUUAAGAAGUCCACCCCACUGGACUCCAAAGCUCUGCCGAGUCGGACUCACUCCUCUUGGGGCGGAGGUGGCAUCGGCAGUGGGGCUCAUCUCCGGGGCCACCACCCAGGUCACCCAUUCAUCCAGGACCCAGCCAUGCCACCCCUGCCUCCACCCAACACGCUGGCACAGCUAGAGGAGGCCUGCCGCAGACUAGAGGAGGUCUCCAAGCCGCCGAAACAAAGGCAUUUAACUGCAGCCAGCAGCCUUCAGAGAGACAGGAGCCCAGCAGCUGCCUUCCCCACUGGAGGCAGCCCUAUAGCCAGCCCUGGACUCCAAACAGACGAGUCGAAGGAGCUCGUGGUCACCUACUUCUUCUGUGGUGAGGAGAUUCCUUAUCGCAGCAUGAUGAAGACCCACUGCCUCACCCUGGGACAUUUCAAGGAACAGCUAAGCAAGAAAGGAAAUUACCGGUACUACUUCAAGAAAGCCAGUGAUGAGUUUGAGUGCGGCGCAGUGUUUGAGGAAGUUUGGGAGGAUGCCACCGUGUUGCCCAUGUAUGAGGGCAAAGUCCUGGGCAAGGUGGAGAGGAUGGACUAAAAAGCCUGUUUGCUGCCAACCAACCGAUGCCCUUCCCCGCCCAAACCCAAAGCUAAAACUGUCCCUAAAAACCUUGAGCGAAAGACUCUGUAUAAUUAAGAUAAAACACUCUGGACUUUUUUUGAUUGUUUUUAAUUUUUUUGUUUUUUCGUAUUUCUUAAUAUUAAGCUAAACAGAGUUAAUAUAUCCAGCACAAAAGGAGUGAUUGAAGGAAGACGAGCCAAUGAAGUAUGCCGAACACAGAGGAGGUGCCGCCUCUCCCUGACUUUUAUCAACCAAUCAGCCUUAGAAAUACAAGGGAAUGGCAUGAGAGACUUUUAAAGACCAAUACAUGAAUGAUGAUGAUGAUUGCAGGCCAGUGGGGGAGGGGGAAGACCCCGCCGCUUCUUGAAUAUAACCACUGAAGAUGUAGAUGACUGUUUUGUUGUGAUGUAUUGAGAGACUGACGGUGCGUCCACAUCGGCCUUCAGGGCCAAGUGAGACGGACUAGCAGGCGCUGAAGAAAAUAACGACACCAACCUGCUCUUACACUCCAACAUCAUUACAAAAACGUCUGAACAUGUGCAUAUACAUACCUGCAUAUAUGUAUACAUACAUGUAUCAUAUAUUUAGAUGUUUUUUGUCAUGAGUUGAAAGUUUUUUUAACAAGUAUUUAUUGAAAAACAGCCCCCCCCCUGUCCUCUACCUUAGACUUCUUAAACCUGUGUCCCCCCACCCCAUCUUUCCAGCCAAUGGGCAAGCUGCUUUGAAUGUUGGGAGAAUACAGUGGUGAUGUUUGUUUGUUUUUGUUUGUUUUUUUACUUUUUACACAAAGGAUGUGACACUAGCCUAGCACCUCCCACAGCCUUGUUGCCCCGUCUGACCCAAACUAACAACCUUAGCAGGGGUCUGGUCCGAGGCGUGCUCCCUCCACUACUCUAAUGGUCAAUCUGAGUCUUAUAUGCUGCUGAUAGUUUGUAAUGUUAACUUUGUCACACUAGUAUUUCCUCUCCCUCAUUGUCUACCCCGACUUUUCUUUUUUUCCCUCAGUCUGGCAACAGAGCUCAAUCUUUUUGUUGUGCCUUUGUUUGUAAACCAGGCAUUGCACAGGGGGGAUGGGGGGUAAAGGGGG